AUGCUAAUAUCGCGAAGGUAUCGACCACGACCAGCCGGCGAUGGCGUGAAAACCCCUUUACAGCCUAAAUCAGUGAACUCCCAGAACUCGAUUGAUCGCCUUGUGAGACCUUUCAAAUGCCCCGGAACUGCAACGCCCACUCGAGCAUCUGAAAAGCCAUCAAGGAAGAAACGAAAGGUUAAUUACGCCAAUGCCGACGGAAGCGUCGAGGAUGGAGAGAAGCCAUACACAAACGAUGACCGGCUUGCUUUGGCAACAAGAGAGGUCAACAAGUUCCCCGUGUUCAAACCGAGAGACAAAGACGCGGUAUUCAGGUCUCGAUUCCAGAUCCCCUCGAUGAACAAAGCCACAGACGACUAUAACACUGGGCGGGCUGCUCCAACAUUGGGUAUGCGACGAGGUGCCACAUUUGUCGUCAAGCCACUUCACGACCCAAGUGGGGAGUUUGCGAUUGUGUUAUAUGACCCAACAAUAGACGAUGUCGCCGAAGAACCUACACCCAAAAUUCUGGCAGCGGGGGAAGAAGUGCAGAAGAUUGAUGAGCCAAUUAUGCACAAGAGUUUAGCGGAUAUCCUGGGACUCAAGAAAAAUGUGGAAGAACGGCCAAAGGUGCCUGUUGUGAUCGAUCCAAGAUUAUCCAAGGUUCUUCGGCCACAUCAAGUAGAGGGUGUUAAGUUUCUUUAUCGAUGUGUUACUGGAUUGGUUGACAAGAACGCGAAUGGAUGUAUUAUGGCAGAUGGUAUGGGACUGGGCAAAACGCUUCAAUGCAUCGCAUUGAUGUGGACGUUACUCAAACAGUCCUCGGAGGCCGGGAAAACCACAAUUCAAAAAUGUGUCAUUGCAUGUCCGUCGAGUUUGGUCGGCAAUUGGGCCAACGAGCUGGACAAAUGGCUUGGAAAGGGCGCCACAACGCCCUUUGCGAUAGACGGCAAGGCCACAAAGGCAGAGCUAAUAGCCCAAAUCAAGCAGUGGGCAAUCGCAUCAGGGCGUGGCAUUGUCAGACCAGUCCUCAUUGUGUCUUAUGAGACGCUCCGUAUGUAUGCGGAUACAUUGAACGACACACCAAUUGGACUCCUGCUUUGUGAUGAAGGUCAUCGCCUUAAAAACAAGGACAGUUUGACUUGGACCGCUCUCAACCAACUCAAUGUUACUCGCCGAGUCAUUCUUUCGGGUACCCCCAUCCAGAACGAUCUGUCCGAGUACUUUGCGCUUCUUCACUUCGCAAAUCCGAACCUUCUUGGCUCCCAAAUGGAGUUCCGGAAGAAGUACGAACUGCCGAUCCUGAAGGGCCGAGAUGCCGCAGGCACGGACGAAGAAAAGAAGCUGGGCGAUGAAAGACUGAGGGAGCUAUCCGGUGUCGUCAACAAGUUCAUCAUCCGCAGAACUAAUGAGCUUCUUUCGAAAUACUUGCCCGUCAAGUAUGAGCAUGUUGUGUUCUGCAACAUGUCACAGUUCCAGCGAGGGCUGUACAACCACUUCAUCCAGAGCCCGGAGAUCAAAAGUCUUCUUCGUGGAAAGGGUAGCCAGCCGCUGAAAGCAAUUGGUCUCUUGAAAAAGCUGUGCAACCACCCGGAUCUCUUGGAUCUGGCGAACGACCUGCCAGGAAGCGAGCAUACUUUCCCUGACGACUAUUCACCUCCCGAUUCUCGAGGCCGUGAUAGAGAGAUCAAGAGCUGGUACUCUGGAAAGAUGAUGGUGCUGGACCGCAUGCUGGCCCGCAUCCGACAAGAUACAAACGACAAAAUUGUCCUCAUCAGCAAUUACACCCAAACCCUUGAUCUCUUCGAGAAACUCUGCCGUUCCCGCGCUUACGGCUCCCUCCGACUCGACGGCACGAUGAACAUCAAAAAGCGCACAAAGCUAGUCGACAAAUUCAACGACCCCGACAGUCCAGAAUUUAUCUUCCUGCUAAGUAGCAAAGCUGGAGGCUGCGGCCUGAACCUCAUCGGCGCCAACAGACUCGUCCUCUUCGACCCAGACUGGAACCCGGCUGCCGACCAGCAAGCCCUGGCGCGUGUCUGGCGCGAUGGCCAAAAGAAAGACUGCUUCGUCUACCGCUUCAUCGCCACCGGCUCAAUCGAAGAGAAGAUCUUCCAGCGCCAGUCCCACAAACAGUCUCUCUCGUCGUGUGUCGUUGACUCCGCCGAAGACGUCGAGCGCCAUUUCUCCCUCGACUCCCUCCGCGAGCUCUUCCAGUUCAAGCCCGAUACCCGCAGUGAUACUCACGAUACGUUCAAGUGUAAGCGCUGCCGGCCGGAUGGCACGCAGUACAUCAAGGCUCCGGCGAUGCUGUAUGGUGAUACGAGCUCGUGGAAUCAUUUCGUCAAUUCUGGGGAGAAGGGUCCGCUCAACCAGAUUCAGGAUCUGCUACUGCGCCAGGAGACGAGCGAACAGGAUGUUUCUGCUAUCUUCCAGUACAUCAGCCACUAA